AUGGCCCCGCCUGCCAAACGAAGAAGGCGCAACGUCGUCGAGUCCGACGAUGAAGACGAUCAACAGCCAAAGACGAACACCCUCACAAACUUCCUCCUCUCGUCACCUGCGAAAUCCGACAGCCGGGGCGCUUCCGUCUCCCCGAGUCCCACGAAACCGAAGCCCCGUGUCGCCUACAACACCCGAGCUGUCGCGACCCCCGCCGUCCUCCAGUCCCGGAACGGCCAAUCCAACAAGGGCACAAAGAGCCCGAGCACGAGCCCGGAAAAGUUCAAGGGGAAGCAGCAGAAGCGCGUCAAAGUGGAUGACAAGGGCCGAAAUGGCGACCUCAUGACGCUCUUCUCCAAGCAGGCGUCCAAGGCCAGCGCCAGGCCGGCCGCCGCUUCGAGGACAGUACCUCUCGACGACAUCGUGAGCGACCCCAUCUCAGAGGAAGACGAUGUCGCGGAGCAGAAAGCUAGCACGUCGAGCAUCGUUGGCCAAAAUGCACGGAAACGCUUUCGAGACAGCACGCCCAUCUCUUCCUCGGCAACAGCUGGCUCGAGCCAAAAGUUCCUCAAGCCUCCCCGUCCGAUGAAGCCGGCAGGGCUCGACGACGACGACGACGACCUGCGGCCCUGGUCGGAACGGUUUGGCCCGCUCAACCUAGAAGAACUGGCCGUGCACAAGAGAAAGGUGGCCGAUGUUAGAAAGUGGCUGGAGGACGUCGUCGGCGGCCGCUUGCGCCAACGUCUGCUCCUCCUCAAAGGUGCCGCGGGUUCGGGGAAGACCACCGCCAUGAGACUGUUGGCGAAGGACAUGGGCUAUGAGCUUCUGGAGUGGAGAAAUCCAACAAACACCCUCGGCGCGCAUCUUGGGUACACAUCCGCCUCGGCGCAGUUCCAAGAGUUCCUGAGCAGAGGUGGAAAGUUUGGGCAGCUCGACACAGAUGUGCCGACCGAAGCACCGCGUCCAGCCAACGAAAAGUCCGCCUCUGCGGGGAAGAUUAUCCUCAUAGAGGAGUUUCCCAACACCUUUUCGAGGUCAUCGACUGCUCUUUCUUCCUUUCGAAGCACACUCCUGGAAUACUUGGCGGCGAACACACCUUCGUUGACGACCUUUGGGCGGCGGUCGCCCAGUGAACCCAUCACCCCUGUCGUGUUGAUCGUCUCGGAAACGCUGUUGACCACGACAUCGGCCUCGGCAGACAGCUUUACUGCUCACCGACUGCUGGGCCCGGAGAUCUUGCGACACCCCGGGACACGCGUCAUCGAGUUCAACACCAUCGCGCCCACUCUGCUCGCGAAAGCCCUGGAGCUGGUCGUGCUGAAAGAGGCACGCAAGUCGGGCAGGAAGCGCACACCGGGCCCUCAAGUGCUGAAGCGUCUAGGCGAGAUCGGGGACAUACGCAGCGCGAUAUCCUCUUUGGAGUUUAUGUGUCUGAAGGGCGAUCAAGACGCGGACUGGGGAGCCAAGGUUGCCUUGUCGAAGCAGUCGAAGGGCGCCAAGGCAGGCAUAUCCCUUACCAAGGGGGAGAAGGAGACGCUGGAGCUGAUAUCUCAACGCGAGGCCAGUCUCGGCAUCUUCCACGCCGUUGGGAAAGUGGUCUACAACAAGAGGGACGAGACGCCCUCGGCGUCAAAUGCAGCAGAGCGCUUGCCCAGCUACAUCGCCCACCAUUCGCGGCCGAAGCCGUCGGAGGUCUCGGUCGAUGCGCUGAUGGACGAAACCGGCACAGACACGCAGACCUUCGUCUCUGCUCUCCACGAGAACUACAUGUUCUCUUGCGAGACCGUGCCGCCUUUUGACGCGUCGACGCCCCUGGAUUAUGUUAACGGAUGCAUAGAGUACCUCUCGGAGAGCGAUUUACUCCUUCCGUGCCGGGACAGCUUCUUUGGCGGCAGAGGCUCGUCUGCAAGCUUCGGCAGGGACUCGGGUAGCCACGUGCUUCGACAAGACGAGAUUGCCUUCCAGGUCGCCGUCCGCGGGAUGCUGUUCUCUUUGCCGUCCCCUGUAAAACGCAAAGCGUCGACUGGCGCCAAGGGUGCGGAUGCAUUCAAGAUGUUCUACCCGACCAGCAUCAAGCUUUGGCGGACAAAGGAGGAAUUCGAAGCUCUCGUGGACGUGUGGUCCACGAAGCUCAUGAAAGGGGAGGAGACGGCGUCCCGAAGGAGUCUCACGGAGGGGGCCAGCGCGUUCCGUCGGCCGAAGCAGACGGACGCGGGCAACUGGGUGGCCAACCGCCAGUCCAAGCCCAAGCCGGCCAACGAGAACGCAAAGGCCGACUCCAACGUCGCACCGCUCCUUUCUCUGGGGAGCGCAGCCCGGCGGGAGAUGCUGCUUGAGCGCCUGCCGUACAUGGCCUCCAUCGUCCGUGGGCGCAAGUCGACAUUGCACUCAUUCAAGCUUAGGGAAAUCGAGAAGGUUGUCUCGUUCCAAGGCAUCGGGCCGCAGACGGGUGACGAUGACGAGCCGGCCGAAGACGCGCCGGAGGACGGGGUCAUGACGGGCGACGCGUGGGCUACAGAUAAACCGUCAGAAGAGGCCUCGCCGCGGAAGUGGAGCUCGGUCAUUCGGCAUGCAGGAGACGGAUCGGUGGCGGGCUUGCGGGUGCAGAACCUGGUGAUCAGCGACGACGACAUCGAGGACGACUAG